AAGAGUUAGUGAAAUCUGCGUCUUCUCUUCUCCGUCAUUUCUCAACCCUAAUUUCUGUCUGUUUUGUUUUCUGUUUUUCAAAACGCGGAUGCGAUGACGAUGAAGAAGAAAAGGAUUGUGAAUUGGCUUUGUAGCUAUUACUCAAGAUGAAUGCAAGAUCUUUCUGGUUCGUAUUCACUGAGCAUCUUCGUUUCUUUUUUCCUUUUUUUUUUUGUGUUGUUUUACUAUGAAAACUGAAGGACCUAUGGAUGGAGUGCAAAAUGAAGCAGUGCACUUCAAUCCAAGUUUGCCUUCGGAAAUCGAUAUUGGAAACGGAUCAUUGCCUGAAUCGAAUUUCGGUUUCGGUUCAGGUUAUUUAGUGGAUCUGACUUUCGAACACUUUCUUAAAUUCUGGUAUUUUGUUUAGCGAAGGUCCCAGCAGAGGGGCGAGAAACUCUAAAUUGAGGCCUCUCUAACAAAAUAAAAUUAGCCUUCGCAGAUGUAUUCGCCGAAUCGUAGGAUGCCCAUUACUCAUUAAUUUUUGGAGCGUCUGGAACCCUCGGCUAAAUUCAAUUA